CGGCGCCUCCUCGCCUCAGCCCUCGACGCCCUCCGCACUCCCGCUCCAGCGCGAUUUCCCGCCGCGGGCCCGCCCCUCCGGGGGCGGAGCUGCGCCAGGUGCGGCCCCGGGGCGUGGCCGGGUUCCGGGAGCGCAGGUGCGGCUUCCGCGUCAAGAUGGCCGCCGCCUGUCGCUCUUCGGCUUGGCUCCCUCCCGGCCUCCUCGGCCGCCUGCCCGCCGGGGCCCAGCUGCUGCGCGUUGCCCUGUGCCUCCUGUGCUGGGCCCCGGCGGCUGUGGACGCCGUCCCUGAGCUCGGGCUUUGGACGAGGACGGUCAAUGACAAAUCAGGACCUUUGAUAUUUAGAAAAACUACGUUUAACUCUACUGAGAUCAAGUUUUCUGUGAAGUCGUUCAGUUGUUCUGGACCUGUGAAGUUCACCAUAGAGUGGCACUUGAAGUACCAUACCUGUCACAAUGAGUACCCUGGGCUGGAGGAGGAGCUGUUCCAAAAACAUGAACUUAAUGCUGAUGUGGACAUCUGUGCUUAUUUCAAGAACACUGACUGUUGGACAACAAAAAGUGAAAACUUAGAUUGUAGCAGUGAUUUACAGGCAUUUCCCUCAUUAAAUAAUAAAGAGCUUACAGGUAGCAGGAAUGUUUCAAGCCAAGAAGGAGCAACGGAUGUUGUAGCCAGGACCCAGAAAGAUGGCUUCCAUAUCUUCAUCGUGUCUAUUAAAACGGAUAAAACAGAUGCAGUCUGGGAUUUGAAUGUUUCUCUUUCUAUGGUGGGGCCUCAUGGAUAUAUCUCUGCAUCAGACUGGCCUCUAAUGAUUUUUUACAUGGUGAUGUGUAUUGUUUACAUAUUAUAUGGUGUCCUCUGGCUGAUGUGGUCCGCUUGUUACUGGAAAGAUAUAUUAAGAAUCCAGUUCUGGAUUGCAGCUGUUAUUUUCCUAGGAAUGCUUGAGAAAGCAGUUUUUUAUAGUGAAUACCAAAACAUCAACAGCACUGGACUGUCAACCCAAGGUUUACUGAUAUUUGCGGAGUUAAUAUCUGCAGUUAAGAGGACAUUGGCUCGCCUGCUUGUGAUCAUUGUGAGCUUGGGUUAUGGCAUUGUGAAGCCUCGGCUAGGAACAGUCAUGCACCGGGUGACUGGACUGGGACUGCUGUACUUGAUUUUUGCAGCCAUUGAAGGCGUCAUGAGAGUCAUCGGGGGUUCUAAACAUUUAGCUGUUGUUUUGAGUGACAUUAUUUUAGCAGUUAUUGACUCCAUUUUUGUGUGGUUCAUUUUUAUAAGUUUGGCACAGACUAUGAAGACUCUAAGGCUAAGAAAGAACACGGUGAAAUUUUCAUUAUAUAGGCAUUUUACAAAUACACUCAUCUUUGCUGUGCUGGCUUCUAUAGUGUUUAUGGUGUGGACAACAAAGACCUUCAGGAUUGCAAAAUGCCAGUCAGACUGGAUGGAGCUCUGGGUUGAUGAUGCGUUUUGGAGCUUUCUCUUUUCACUCAUCCUUAUUGUGAUAAUGUUCUUAUGGAGGCCAUCAGCAAAUAAUCAGAGGUAUGCCUUCAUGCCCCUGAUAGAUGAUUCUGAUGAUGAAGUCGAGGAAUUCAUGGUAACAUCUGAAAAUUUAACUGAAGGAAUAAAACUAAGAGCCUCAAAAACGGUUUCAAACGGAACAGCUAAGCCUACUUCUGAUAAUUUUGAUGAAGAUUUGAAGUGGGUGGAAGAAAAUAUUCCCUCUUCAUUUACAGAUGUAGCUCUCCCAGUGUUAGUGGACUCAGACGAGGAAAUUAUGACCAGAUCUGAAAUAGCUGAAAAAAUGUUCUCUUCAGAAAAGAUAAUGUGACUGGGACCUGCAUGCAGUCGAAUGAUGGGAAAAGCCUGUCUCGUCAAAACUGACGGCUUCACUAUGAUACAUGUUUUCUGUAUUGUCUUGGAGGGCAGUGUAUGCAAAUGAAGAAUUCAGGUGUGGGAGGGUCUGCCACCCUCAUAAAGCCAUCUUUAAAACUGACUCAGUCAGUUUAAUUGCCAUUAUGUUGCCUGAAUUUGGAAAUAAUCUGAUAAGUCUUAAGGAUGUGUGCACAGAUGCGUGUUAGGUGACUGCUGCAGGCAUGCGGAUUUGUGGUCUUAGCUUUCUCCAGAACAAAGAAUCUGUGUGGUGGUACAUGCCUGGCAGUCUCUGUGAGUUCAAGGCCAGCC